AUGUCGCAAUACAUUUCGGUGGCCGUCAAAUCUGCCUUGAUUACACCUAACUGUACUCAUUUCAAACCUCUGCGGAAAAUGUUUUUGUAUCGAGGAAAUGAGCUAGGAGUUUGUCUGCCGAUAGGACUAGUUACCAUUUUGUUUUUGGUACAUGUCGGUCUGCACAAGGAAAAUGCAUGUCAAAUGACUUAUAUGUGGCGAUACAUAAGUCUUUUACCCAUAAAAGUGGAUGGCAAUGAUGUGCGGAGCUACAGCCUUUUCCGCUACUUGGAGGGAAUUGUAAACGAGAGGACUUUGGCUAUAUCGCAAAAUCACAUCCCAGUAUUGUUUGUGCCAGGAAGUGGAGGCAGUGGAAAACAGGUUCGUUCCUUGGCUUCAGUCAUGAUGAACAAGACUGAGAUGAGGUCAGCUCCGUUUCGAAUGCAUUUUUAUGCAGUUGACUUUAAUGAGGAGUUGUCGUUUCUUAGUGGAUCGAUCUUAAACCGCCAGCGUAAUUUUGUCAUCAGCGCCAUCUCAACGAUUCAGAGGAAGUACUAUCGAAAGUUGGUCCUGGUUGGGCAUUCUUUUGGUGGAGCCGUCCUUUACGCCUUGCCAGCACAUCCUCGUUAUGAUAUCUCCAACAUGGGCUUGGUAAUGACACUUGCUGCUCCAAUCACGGCUCCUCCUUUGAUGAUGGAUGAAAAGAUGGUGUCUUUUUACAAUUCCAUGCACGAAACUUGGCGCAAAAGAAACGAGGAACUUAAUCACGUGGGAGUAGUCUCGUACAGUGGUGGCUUGAAAGACUUCCAAGUACCCGAUCAUUUGGCUCCCAUCCCUGAGAACGAUCGUGCAGUUCAUCGUCCUUCAUGGUCCAUUCGAGGUGUGGACACUCCUGCUGAUCAUCUUUGCAUAUUGUGGUGCAACCAGUUAGUAAGACACACAACUAAGCUGCUCUACAAAUAUGGUGAGGAAGAAGUUUUGCGGGCCCAGCCGCCACCUCCAAGUGUUGUUGUGCGCGAUUUUUUCCACAAAGCGAAUGGGUCAAGGAUAGACGUGGGAGCCUCUUCUGACAUAAUCAAGAUAGGAGUUUUUGAUUACCCAUGGGUAUCGAGAGUUUACAGAGGUUCAGUAGAGAAGCCCUCCAAAGCAUAUGAGUUGGAAUUUCAUUCGCUUCAUAUGGUAUACAAAGUGUACUUAGCUUCAACCUGUGACAUGGACAUGUUUUUCGUCUACUCGGAUUUGUUAGCCCGUUCCGCUGAAACAAAAAGCAGCGGUAAAGUGAUGGUUGCAAACCUAGUUCAAGGAGCAAAUCAAACAAAAGGACAUAUCAUCCUAAAGGGUAAAUCUGGUUGUGAGUUUGAAUUAACUGUGAAACCCGAUAUUUUCUUCGCUUGGUAUGUGUUGUUGAUAUCCAACACUAAUGUACUGGUACAUUUCACUUUUUCUGCUCUUAUCGCUUUGAUGCUGCUGGAAAAGCUUUUGGAUCUAAAACGAUACAAUCUAUGGAGCCUGUCCGGGCUUUAUAUCAAUGGAGGCAUAUUACUUUCACUGUUCAUCUGUUUCACUUACAAUACAUGCAUUCGAGAAGCAGUUUUCGCUGCAUCCAUUUUCUACUUAGUUUCCUGCGCAUAUCUCAUUACUGCCAUAAUAGCACUGAUCAAGGAUAAAAUAUACUCCACUUUUCCGUUAUGUUUGAAUUUGGUCAGUGCAGUGCUAAAACUAGUCGUUGUUGUUCUAUUGCCUCUAAACAUCUACCUUUCCAACGCUGCUAUGGCUUUGAUCAUUGCUUUACACAAAUCAUCAGGACCAUAUACAAUACUGCUCGGUAUAGCGACGGGGGCUAUCGUAGCAGCUUUAGGCCUUGCUGACCGAGUAGAGAUGGACGACGAUAGUGAUUACGAUGAUGAGCAGCUGGAGUCACCCCAUUCUUCUCAAGCUGGUAGCAUGAUCGGAGUGAUGGACAAUGGUAUGGAAGAUCCAAAGCGGCACGCUCGCGCUCAGCAUAAUGCCUUGGAGCGAAGGCGAAGAGAUAAUAUCAAAGACAUGUACACAAGUCUUAAGGAUGUCGUCCCAGAUAUGCAAAAUGAAAGGGCUUCUCGUGCUGUGAUUUUACGACGAGCUAUUGAAGUGAUUGAGGAGAAGCAACAGCAACGUGCAGAUCUUAGAGCAGAUUGUGAUCGGCUUAGAAAUGAGAUGGCUGAAUUGGAAAGGGAAGUUGCUAGACUUCGCGAAAAUCUCGCCAAGCCGAGUGAGUCAAGCCGCAGCAGUAUUUCUGGUAACUGUUCACCACAACCUACCUCUCUACAGCUUCUACCAUCUGUUAAAGUUGAACCAGAAUUGAGAUCAGAGAUGUGCGUCAGAGGAGAAUCAAUGGGCUAGCAUCGUCAUUAUGGAGCAUGUGAACAUGAACACGGAGUGCUUUGUUGUACCAUCGAGUUGCUAUAUAUUUGGUCGAAAUACUAUGGAAGCUAGGAAUAUUAAUUAGAAUCAUGAAUUUGUAACAUCUUUAUGCUUUGUCAAUUAGAAGAAAAUAUGAGCAAUAAAAAUCGGAUUAA